GCGUUUUCGACAAAUCGUUUAUGGCGUCCACCUCCGCCGGCCAGCAGCAGCCCGCCCAGGCCUCGUCCUCCGCCACCGCUGCUGCCGCCGCCGGGAACAGCACCCCCCUCCUCGCCACCGGCGACUGGACGAAGAGCCUCAUCCAGCUCGCCAAGACCGCAGAGCUCAAGAAGCAUGCCUUGCAAUUACAGCUACAUACUGCGCACAUACUCUCCGCGCAUGCCGCGCUAGAACAGAAGAACAAGGCGAUACAAGACCUGAAGGAGCAAAAGAACAAGCUCGAGAGCGAACGUGCACGCUUGUUGAACUGUCUACGAGAGGUUAACGAGGACCGUGACAAGACGGACAUCCAAGAAGCCACCCUAAAUAAAGAGGCCAACGAUCUGCAGGUCAAGAUCAAGGCCAUCUCGGAGGGCGAAUAUGCGGUCGCGAAACAAGACGUGGACAGGCUACGGCAGGAGCUAGGCCAGCCGGCACUCCCGAGCCUACAAUCCACGCUCGAAGAGAAGUCCGCGGAAUAUCUGAAAGCGCUCAGGUUACAGAACGACUCGUCAAACACCCCGACGGGCACAAAACGCGCUGGCGACGAGCUGGGUGCGGACGGCCAGCCGGUGAAGCGUCCACGCGGGCGGCCAAAGGGCAGCAAGAACUCGAAACCGAAGUCGAAGCCGUCGUCAACGCCUGCCCCAGGCGGGAGUGUGCCCCCAGUCUAGCCGCUCUGGUAGCUGCACCGCGAUCGAGAUUUCUUAUACGGACUUGUUGGGGGGACCACCUGUAGGAGUGUGUACGCUAUGUGA